UUUGUCAUUAAAGGAGAAAUGUUUUACUGAAUUUUCUCAUUUGUGCUUGCGGACUUCGGAGAAGAGAGACGUUCAAGAGUUCAAGAGAGUUUUACUUAAUUUCAACUGAAAUAUAGUAAAAAUACAAGGAUGAAACAAAUCGUGAGAAGAAGUGUUCGACUUGUGUUAAAUAGAUAUUAUGGAGCGGAUGGAAAACCAACGAUCUCCUAUAAAGAGACCAGGAUCAGGAAGUGGACAUACCGUCGGUAUUACCACACAUCAAAAGAAGAGACCUCUUCAGGAAACCACAUCAGCUGCAGCAGCAGCAGCUGCAUCAAUAGGGACCUAUUGAUGCUCACGCUGAAACAUUGUUUUAUCAGCGUCAUAUUUCUUGCCCUGUUUUACGGAUUUACCAGCAUUCUUGUUCCUUUGAUGAAACCUCCGGUUUCUUCACGCCCCACCAUAAACACAUUUUUGGUCCCAGGAACUGAAGAUCAGGAAAGACAGAAACAGGAAAUGAAGGAUAUUCUGGCUGACCUGCAGCAUAAGAUGGACUACCUUCUUCCAUCUGCAGAUUUAUUACCAAACUUUGCACUGAAAUCACAAGGCGCAAAGGUUUUACAAUGGAUGCCAUCGGCCGUACAUCCUGGCCAAAUACAGAGAUGCAGUGGGUUUGGCUUUGCCCCAGAACAGCCAUCGAUCCACCCAGACAUUGUUAUUCAGGGGAGGACUCGCCUACACCCAGGAGAGUGCUGGGGAUUUGAAGGUUCCCAGGGACAUUUAGUCAUCGCCCUGUCCCACAGAGCUGUCAUUAGUCAAGUCACCUUGGGUCACAUUCCUAAAAUGGUGUCUCCAACUGGUAACAUCUGGAGUGCUCCCAAGGAGUUUUCUGUUUAUGGAAUGAGGGAGCCUGAACAGGAAUGGACUCACCUGGGAACUUUUAUCUAUGAGGAGGAUGGAGAUCCUCUUCAGACCUUUGAGCUACCGAGCCACGAAAAAGUGGCCUUUAGCUCCAUAAAGCUUCAGAUAAAUAACAACUGGGGACAUCCAGAGUACACCUGCCUCUACAACGUCCGAAUCCAUGGAGAGAUCGCUUAAUCAGGAUGGAUUGAAGGUAAGUAUGGACUCAGGUAAGAUUUCUAACUUUAAGUUUUUCUAAAGCUUCUUUGAUUUCUUUUAGGCUAAUUUCUUGAUCACUUGUUUGUUUCUACCCACAAACACCUUUGUGGGUAGAAAACAACCCAUUAACAAACAAUCAUUUGUUAAUGGGUAAAAAUUAGGAGCAGGAGAAAACAUUAGGGUACAAAACAGGGCUUUCAAAUUUCAAACGUGUAAACAUCCAUUUCAUUUAUACAUAUUUUGCCUAUCUGCGCUACUUGUGCCUGCAUUUUAUUAUAACUACAACUAAAUUGUAGUUAUGUAGGCAUGCGGCUCAGGUGGUCGCUGGGGCAGAAACCCGGGCAUGGAUGAGUUUGAAGAUUUCAUGGAGAACAACUUCCCUAUGGCUUCAAGACGAUUCUGGCAUCUCAGCAGGAGGGAACUUCGGAUUGAGAUCUUCACCUUGGUCAUGGAAUACUGGACCAGCUCUACACCCACAGCAGGCUCUUGGAGGGUGCAUGGAAGUUCACUCAGCCAGUCUACAUCUGCUUUGUGGACUUGGAAGAGGCGGCCGACUGUGUCCCACUGGGAACCCUGUGGGAGGUACGCUAGGCCCUCCCAGUGGGUGUCUGAGCUUGGUCUGCAUUGCCGGCAGUAAGUCGGGCUUGCUUCUGGUGAGAGCUGGCCUCCACAAAGGUUGACCUGAUUCUGUCUAUAACUUUUAUGGACAGAAUCCCCUGGUCCUUCUGUGGAGUUGAGAGUGUCCGUUUUGGUGGCCUUAGGAUUGUGUCUCUGCUUUUCGCAGAUGAUGUAGUCCUAUUGUCUUCAUCAGAAUGACCUACGGCCUUCACUGGAGCAGUUCGCAGCCGAGUAUGAAGUAACUAGGAUGAGGAUCGGUCACCUGUUAGAUCACUGUAUGAUCGCUGUCUGUGCGUGGUCUUCAUUGCCGGCAGUAAGUCGGGCUUGCUUCUGGUGAGAGCUGGCCUCCACAAAGGUUGACCUGAUUCUGUUUAUAACUUUUAUGGACAGAAUCCCCUGGUCCUUCUGUGGAGUUGAGAGUGUCCGUUUUGGUGGCCUUAGGAUUGUGUCUCUGCUUUUUGCAGAUGAUGUGGUCCUAUUGUCUUCAUCAAGGCGUGACCUACAGCUUUCGCUGAAGCAGUUCGCAGCCGAAUGUGAAGCAGCUAGGAUGACCUGUUAGGUGACCGGUGUCAGAGAAGUUUAAGUUUUGUGGGAUUUUGUUCAAAACUGAGGGAAAUUUGGAGCAGGUGAUCGAUAGGCAGAUUGGUGCAGUGUCUGCUGUAGAGAAGGCACUGUACCGGUCUGUCAUCGUGAAGAUAGAGCUGAGGUAAAAGGUAAAGCUCUAGAUUUACUGGUUGAUCUGUGUUCCUACUCUCAGCUGUAUUCAUGAGGUUUGGGUCAAGCGGCCGAAAUGAGUUUUCUCCGCAGGUUCUCUGGGCUGUGCCUUAUACUCAGGGCAAGAAGGUCAGUCAUCCGGGAGGGACUCAGAGUAGAGCUGUACUUCUCCAUGUCUAGAGGAGCCAAUUGAGGAGGUGUGGGCAUUUGGUCAGGCUUCCUACAAGCCUCCCAAGUGAACUGUUCUGAGCAUAUCUCACCGGGAGGAGUCCCGGAGGAAGACUCAGGACACGUUGGAGAGACUAUAUUGCUUGGCUGGCCUGGGAAUACAUUGGGGUUCCCUGGGUGAGCUAGCCCAAGUGGCUGGGGAGAGAGAAGUCUGCACCUCCUUACUUAGGCUGCUACCCCAGUGAACAAACCCGGAUAGGCAAAAGAAAAUGGAUUGAUGGAUGGAUGGAUACAACUAAAUUGAACAUUCGUAACAGAAUGUUAAUAUUUUCAUAUAAUUGGAAUGUUUUGGAUUCAAUGUUUUCUCCAGGUGAUCUAGUUUUCCACAAAAACAAGGGUUAGCUUUAGAGAACAAUGGUUGUAAGAGGUACAUUCAUUGUACCUCUUACAACAAUCCAGGAUAUUGCCUGGAUUAUGUUUGUUGUUUGUUGUCCUGUGUUUGUGUUUUUUCCAUUCUCUAUCUACAGGUUACAGUGCUGUGGUUCUGGAGCUUCGCCAUCCCUCUCUCUACGCCUCCUUGCCUCCACGAUGUGCUGCUCUACAUCCUUGUCAUGCACAGUCCCAGCAUUGUGUUUGUGUCUCUUUUCUAUCUUCG